AUGUCCCCCGUCGUCCUCGAGUCGCCCCCGAUCCACUUCAACAACGCCCAGAUGGUCGAACAACAGCAGCAACAGCCCCCACAGCCGCCCUCGCCGUCCCACCAGUUCCUCAAGGAGAACAUCUUCCACCACCAACAGCGCCCGUCGCAGGACACGCAGGAGUCCGCGUCGUCCCCGCCGACGCCCUCGGUGCAGCUGUGCGCGAACUGCGGGACGUCGAGCACGCCGCUCUGGCGCAGGGACGGUGACGGCAAGCCCAUCUGCAACGCCUGUGGUAAG